UUUUCGAAAAUAUGAGGGAUGGGUUUUUAAUUACUAUUCGAAAUUAAUUCCAUAGAUAUGAUAUCCGCAUUAUUCUUAAAUCUGAUUAGCACACAGAACAUUUAUUAAUGUUUGGAAUAUAUAGUUUUUGUGGGCAUAAUCAAAGUGGUAUCUUCUUUAGUUUAUUCAGAAAAUAAUUAAAACCAAAUGGAUCUCCAACACAUCCUCCAGCUAAAAGGAAAUAAUUCCAAUACAAUCGAAACAAGCUCAGACUUCAAUGAAAAUCCAAAUAAUUGUGAUGAAAAUAUACAUAUCAUGUGCAUUCUUUGGAAAGGUAACAAACUAGGGGCUGCAUAUUAUAGCUUAAACGAUAGUUUGUUUUACGUAUACGAAGAAUACGUGGAUGUUGGCCCUCAUUUUUCUAUUCUCAAAUGUAUAUUUCGAGAAGUUUCACCUAAAUAUACCGCAUGUAUUGGAUCUUCUACCGAUGCGUUCAUAAAAUCACUUAUUGAUACAAUAAAUGAUCAAGCUACAAACACAACAACUUCGGACAUAAGAAGUCUCCCACCAAAUUUUUAUAUACUAUCAAUGAAAGAUUACCCUUAUGAUAUAUGCAAGACAUCCUUACAAAAUGUAGAGAUUGCUUCUUUUCCCGAAACAGAAUCCAGUGACAUUUUGAAAGAAAUGUACAUUCAGUCUCUCAUUAAUUUCGACUAUAAGAUGUCCAUAUAUGCUGCAGGGGCUUUGGUGAAAUAUCUAGAAAAGAACUGGGCUUUCUUCUCACCAGGAAGAGAAUUGAAAAUAUUGUAUAUGUACCAAGUCACCAUAAAGAAUCAUGUUCUCAUUGAUUGGACCAGUUUCAAUGCUUUACAAAUAUUCAAUCAAAAGUACCAUGAAGCUGGAUUCAAAAGGGGGGUACAAUCGAACAAGAGAGAAGGUUUGAGUAUUUAUAAAUUGUAUUCAUCUCAUUGUAAAUCCAGGAUGGGUCAAUUUCGUUUAAGAAAUCUUCUACUGAAUCCUAUCUGCGAUAUAGAGGAAUUGAACAAGAGAUUAAAUUUCAUUCAAUUCGCUUUGCAACCCUGUCAUAUGGAAUUUAUCGAAAGUGUACAAGACAACAUAAAAAAUAUCAUUGAAGUUAACCUAAUUCUACAAGAAAUCGCGAACUCCAAAGCCAAGAGUAGCAGUUGGCAGAGCUUGGACAAGACAAUAUAUCAUACAAUACUGAUAAAUGAGUUGAGCGGUCCUUUGAGAAACAAAUGUGAACUUUUGGCUGACCUCAAUGACGCAAUCACUUCAGAGCUGAUCGGAUUGCAGAAGUCAAUCCAGAGUGCUUUUGAUUUUUCAUCGAAAUUCAAAGCAGGCAGGCCAAUCAUCAAAUUUGGCAUAGAUGCUGAUUUGGAUGCAAAAAAAUUGCAACGACAAGACAUUGCGAAGAAUGUAACAGCCGCUGCUAACAUUGCAGUAGAGGAAUUGCCAGAUUUCCUAACAGAAUGUGCGGUAGUCUAUCUUCCAGAGAUGGGUCAUUUGGUAUCUGUCAAAGAGUGGGAGCCCAAUUGCAAUCCAGAACAACUCAGUGAUAUCGGUUACAAGUUUAUGUUCCUGGUUGGCGGUAAAAUUCACUACAAAAGUCCCCUCUGUGUCGAAUUGGACAGAGGUCUGGGAGAUAUAAAUGCAGAAAUUGUUGCUCAUGAGAAUAGGAUUAUUCAGAGACUCUCUGGUUUCGUCCUCAAAUAUAACAAAGACAUCAGAGAACCUUUGAAACUUAUUGCUCUUAUUGACAGCCUCAUAGCCAUGGCGAAGGUUGCCGCAGAAAAAAAUUUCGUAAAGCCAACUUUGAACACCGGAAGAAUUCACGAAAUAAAAGAGGGAAGGCAUCCCCUGAUGGAAGAGAUGUUUUCCGGUUUUGUCUCCAACGACUUCUAUUCGGGAGGCAAAUACAGCCACGUUAAGAUAAUUACAGGUCCCAACGGAAGUGGUAAAAGCAUAUAUUUGAAAAAAGUUGGAAUCAUCAUCUACUUAGCACACGUUGGUUCUUACGUGCCCGCCAAAGAAGCGAAUAUUGGAGUGAACCACAGCAUCCACUUCAGAACGGCUACUGAAUCUAUAUCUGUGCGACUGUCAGCGUUUAUGAUAGACGUUUCGCAGAUAACUCAAGCGAUCUACAACGCAGCUCCUUCUUCUCUAGUCAUAAUGGACGAAUUUGGUAAAGGUACUUCUGGCGAGGAUGGCUUGAUCCUCAUGGCUGGGGUUCUUCGAAAAUUCCUCAGGGAAAAUGACAACUGUCCCCAUAUACUGGUUUCAACCCAUUACCAACGAAUUGCAAAGUAUUUACCAGAAUCUCCACUUCUCGAAUAUCAAAAAAUGAGUUAUACUCGUAAUGCUGACGAACCAAUGACUUUUCUUUAUAAACUUGCUAGUGGUAUUUCGGAAAGUUUUGCUUUCGAUAUAGCUGAAGAAGUUGGUUUGAAUCCGCGCAUAAUACAGCGCGCUAGAGAAAUUUUUGAUGCCUUGAAGAAUAACACCGUCAUUAAGCCACUUAACAUGAACAAGAACAACACUAACGAACAUUAUAAUUAGCCUCAAGCAAAAUAGCAGUAAAGUAAUUGAUAAUUUGUAACACAAAUAAGUAUAAACAUUUUUUAUUCGUUAAAUGUGAUAAUACAUAUCUUCAUUGUUUGUU